AUGCAAUAUUUGUUUUUGUAUAUUCUGUUAAGUAUAUGUACAUAUAAUAUCUUGUCUAUUAAAUGUUUCGAAAAUGUUUAUAAACUAGAUAAUAUAAAUAAUUUAAAUUUUAGAAAUAAUAAUUAUGAAGAUGAUGAAAAACAAUAUUAUUAUAACCCUCAGGUGGUAUACCACGUAAAAGAUGAUAAAACUAAAGUAGAAAAUGUUGAUAUGUAUGAUAAUAUAAAAAACAAAAUGGAUAUCUUACAGAAUUUAAAUAAACAAUAUAAUUUUGAUAAGAUAAAAAAAGAGUAUUACAUGGAUGGAUCUAACAAAAAAUAUUUAAAUAAUCUCUUGAAAAAAAUUUUAAGUAAUGCUUUAAAUAUACCACAAAAACAAAUAAAUAUUCACGAUAUUAAUACGUUAAUAAAAAUGUGGACAAAUAUGAAUAGCAAAGAUAAGACCUAUUCUAAUAUUUUAAAUAACGAUGAAAAUUAUUCUAAAAGAUAUAUUAAGCAACACACUGAUUUUGCUGACGAAACGAAUAAAAUAACAUUUAAUAAUAACGAAAAAGAAAAAGCUCAAAUUCAUUUUAUAGAUGUGGAUUAUUUUACACAAUUAACAAAUUAA